AUGACCACAGUCCCCCACCUCCGCUCCCUCUACCGCUCCCUCCUCCGCGAGCUCCCGCCCCGACCCGUCCUCGCCCGCGAGCGCUCGGCAAUCCACAACCGCCUGCGCACCAGCUUCGCCGCAGCCCCCGUCGCCGUAAAGGAAGACUCGUCCCGCGCCGCGGCCGACGCCGCAGAGGCCGAGCAGUUCGCCGCCUACCUGCGCGCCCAGCGCACCUACGUCACGCUCCUCGAGCGCUACAACCCGGGCAUGAACAUGGACGAGGAGGAGCGCGUGCGCUUGACGGCGCGGAGGGUCGGCAUGGAUCUGCCCAAGGAGUUUAGGGACCGGUUGGAGAAUAAAUAA